AUGUCGGAAGACAAGAAAAACUUUGUAUACGCGCAGGAAGAAGGCUACCAGGGCGAUGGUACGCACUCGUACGAUACCUCCGCCGAGUCCAACAAGGCCGGUGCCCAGAAUGGAACGUCGUCCAAGUCGGGUUCCGCCUGGCAGGACUUCAAAGACAGCUUCAAACAGGUGCCGGUCGAAGAACUCGACCCAAACCUCACGCCAGCUGAAAGAACAGCCAUCGCAACGGCUAGAUCUCCAUUGCAACGUCAUCUUAAGAACAGACACUUGCAAAUGAUUGCCAUUGGUGGUGCCAUCGGUACCGGGUUGUUCGUGGGGUCCGGAACGGCCCUUAGAACUGCCGGUCCUGCCGGUAUCUUGAUCGGCUGGGGUCUCACAGGUACUAUGAUCUACUGUAUGGUGAUGUCCGCCGGUGAGAUGGCCGUGGCAUACCCGGUGUCUGGUGGUUUCACGACGUUUGCUACACGUUUCGUGGACGAGUCUUUCGGUUUCGCUGUCAACUACAACUAUAUGCUUCAGUGGCUGGUGGUGCUGCCAUUAGAAAUUGUGGCCGCGUCGAUCACGGUCAACUUUUGGGGAACUCCACCCAAGUAUCGCGACGGUUUCGUUGCGUUGUUUUACGUCGUCAUUGUGCUCAUCAAUAUGUUUGGUGUCAAAGGUUACGGUGAGGCCGAAUUUAUCUUUUCGUUCAUCAAGGUGGUCACCGUGAUCGGGUUCAUCAUUCUGGGUGUCAUUUUGGUUUGUGGUGGUGGCCCUCACGGUCAUUACAUCGGAGGUACCACCUGGCACACUCCCGGUGCGUUGGUCGGUGACAGUGCAGGCCAACGGUUCAAGGGUGUAUGUACAGUGUUUGUGACCGCUGCUUUCUCUUUCGCCGGUUCAGAACUUGUCGGUUUGGCAUCUGCCGAAACGGAAAACCCAAGAAAGGCGCUGCCUAGUGCCUCCAAACAGGUUUUCUGGAGAGUCUCGCUAUUCUACAUCAUCUCGCUGUGUUUGAUCGGUUUGCUCGUUCCUUACAACGACGCAAGACUAAUUGGUGCAUCGUCCGUGGACGCUGCUGCUUCCCCAUUUGUGAUCGCUAUCAAGAACCACGGAAUCAGUGGUCUUCCAAGUGUUAUCAACGUGGUCAUCUUGAUUUCCGUGCUAUCGGUAGGUAACUCUGCCGUUUUCGCUUGCUCCAGAUCCAUCACCGCUUUGGCCGAGCAGGGCUCGCUUCCUAAAGUUUUCGCAUACGUCGACAGAAAGGGUAGACCACUUGUGGGUAUUGCUGUGACCUGUACUUUUGGUCUGCUAUGUUUCAUUGCGCAAUCCGACAAAGAAGGCGAUGUUUUCAACUGGUUGCUGGCGCUAUCGGGUUUGUCGUCUCUGUUCACCUGGUUUGGUAUCUGUCUGUGCCAUCUCCGCUUUAGAAGAGCUCUUGCUGCGCAAGGUCGCUCCACCGAUGAGCUGGCCUUCGCGUCUACCGUGGGCGUGUGGGGGUCUGGUUACGGUGCUGGUCUAAUUCUACUGGUGCUUAUUGCCCAAUUCUGGGUUGCCGUGUGGCCUCCUGGAGAUGCCCCUAGUGCUGAGGCCUUUUUCGAAGCCUACUUGUCCUUCCCAGUUCUUUUGGCCUUUUACGUUGGCCACAAGCUAUGGAAACGUAACUGGAAGCUAUUUAUUAGAGCCAAGGACAUCGACAUUGACACCGGUAGAAGAGUGGUGGAUAUCGACACUUUGAGACAAGAAGUGGCCGAAGAAAAAGCUGUUUUGAAAUCCAAGCCCUUCUACUACCGUACAUGGAAGUUCUGGUGUUGA